UGAGCUGUAAUCCUUGAAAUUAAAAGCUGACUGGUUUGUUGAAACCUCUUUUUCCAAAAUUAAGGACAUAUUCUCCAUAACUUGUUUAAGAAUUUAAUACUUAUUUUUCUUGACGGUAAAAAACUUCAUUUGCUGAUAUUCUAAAAAUUUAUUAAUUUGUACGAUUAUGAAUCCUGGUGACAGCGCAAAUAACCUUACUGAAGAUGAUGAAUUUUUGUAUUCUGCGGAAAUACUUUUCAAGUUGGAUUUCAAGAACAGCCAUGUUCAUUUUAAUCCUCCAAUAUCAAUAUCUAACCCUGGAGAAAAUCUAAUUGUUAGACCUUUGUGCUUAAGUGAUUAUCACAAAGGUUAUUUAGAGCUUUUAUCUCAACUAACAAGAGUUGGUGAUGUUUCAGAAAAAACUUUCCAUGAUACAUUUAACGAAAUGAAAAUGCACAAAAAUAGAUAUUUUGUUACUGUUAUCGAAGAUCUCUUGACGAAACAAGUCAUAGGAACUGCAACAUUAGCUGUGGAAAAAAAAUUUAUCCAUUCUGCAGGACUGAGAGGUAGAUUAGAAGAUGUUGUAAUCAGCAAUGAUUAUAGAGGAAAGCAACUUGGAAAAUUAAUGGUACUUACAAUUCGGUUGUUAGCAGAAUAUAUAGGAUGCUAUAAAAUUACCCUUGACUGUAAAGACAAAAUGGUCAAAUUUUACAAUCAGUUUGGAUUUGCAUGUGAAAGUGGAAAUAAUAAUAUGAUGACCAUAAGAUUUAAAGAAUAAUGUUGAAUUUAAAAUUCAUGUUAGUGUUUUGGUUGUAAAAAUUACUUGUACAAAAUAACUUAAACGCACAAAUCUUUCUUUACAGAAAAUAUAAAUGGUUUAAGAAAUAAAAUAUACUUUGUUA